AUGAUAUAUAACGAAGCUUGCGGUACUUUACUUGGUGAAAAACAUCCAUACGCUAUGGGAAGGAGUUGCUCCGAGAUACAGGCAGAAAUAUGGCCGCAGAUGUCGACGCUUUUUCAACCUGCACUUCUGGAGGGCAAAGCAAUCAAGUCUACCAAAGAGCUUUCAUUCCAAGAAAGGAAUGGUCUUCUGGAGGAGACUUACUGGAACUUCAUCAUUUUCCCACUGAUCGGUGAGGAUGGCUACGCUCUGGGGGCAAUACAUUCUUUGGUAGAGUUGAGUGCGCAUGUGAUCAACGAACGCAGAGCAAACGUGGUUGAGAAGCUGAAGGAGCGGGUCUCCACCGGUGCAACCAUAUCCGAGAUCUGGAAUCAAUGUCUGGACUCAUUUGAAGCGUACCCAGAGGAUGUCCCCUUUGCACUGAUCUACUCCAACGACGACGACAGCAUCUCGUCAGCUUCCAGUUCUUGGGCGAACUCCUUGAAGAAAUAUCAACUCCAUGGCUCGCUCGGCAUCAACCAGAACAAUGCCGCCAUACCCAAGACAUUUGAUCUAACGGAAAGGAAAUCAGUAUAUGGCUUGGCUAGAGCUUGUCGAAGCGCUAUCAUUGGCAGGAGAACAGUGGUAUUGCGUCGUCAUGACAAUACGUUGCCCGCCGACCUCGCAACAGCAAUACCUGGUCGAGGCUGGGAGGACCCAAUCGAAACAGUUUGCGUGAUGCCUAUCGCCGUCAAUGGCGCAGGCGCUCUAGCAUUCUUCAUAAUUGGUUUCAAUCCGCGAAGGCCGUUCAACGAAGAUUCUCUGCAGUUCGCGCACAACCUGCGUGAUGUGCUUACAAAAUCUAGCUCGCUUCUCAACCAAGCCAAGUUUGAGGAGAUCCAUGACAACCUCUCGACGCAGUUGAAAAUCAGCACUUUGAGAGCAGCACGCAAUGAAGAGAAAUUCACUCGUAUGGCUGAGACAGCACCAAUUGGUAUAUGUACCUUCCGCCCUGACGGCAAGCCAAUCUAUUGCAACGACGAGUAUCUCGACCUUGUCGGCGUGCCACGAGAGUAUGAUUGGAAGGCACUCUGGGAUUCUCAAGCAACAUGGCAAGAAGUUGUCCAUCCCGACGACAUACAAGGCAUCGCGGUAGCCUGGGAGUCGCUGAUGACCAAAGAGAAGGCUUCAGUUGCUUUUGAGUAUAGAGUCAAGAGGCCCUGGCACUCUGUGGACAAAGCGACUGGCAGUGAGCUCACCGGACCGACAUGGCUUAUGAAUAACGUCGCAUCAGAACUCGAUGAAAAUGGUGACGUGGCUUAUAUCCAUGCCUGGCUGCAUGAGACCUCUUUCCGGCAUUACACUGAGACUCUGCUUUCAAGUCGUCUUCAGGAAGCAUUAGAGACAAAGCGUGCCUCCGAAAACUUUAUUGACAUGGUGUCUCACGAGCUCCGCAAUCCACUUUCAGCAAUUCUACAAUCAGCAGACGGCAUAAUAACAGGUCUUGAUGACCAGGAAGCGCGGAAAAGAAAGGACCCGAAAUGCUCGAUGGAAUUCUCGAAGCUGCUCAGACCAUUAUUCUGUGUGCACAGCAUCAGAAAUGCAUUGUUGAUGACAUCUUGUGCCUCUCGAAACUCGACUCGAAUCUUCUGGUUAUCACCCCGGAUAAGGUCUCACCACCACAACUGA